AUGUCUUUCAGAAAAAGAGGCGAAGUUUUAGGUGGCCCUGGUGCUAACAGAGUCCCAACUUUGGGCACGGCUCCGGGGAGGCUGCCCUACCGGAGAACUCCUGGUGCCGAUGAGUUAGGUAACAUGACCGAUCGGAUGGGUGGUCUGUCGAUGAGAGAAGCUCAUGGACAGACAGACUCCACAGCAGCGACACAAGCUCCCCAGAUUGAUGCAAGCCAUCCAGGCGUAAGACCUUCUCCAGCAACAUCGCAGCUGACAACAUCCACUGGAUGUCAGGACUUAGACAAGCUGUUGGGCCACAUGGGAUUGCCUCUGGGCCAAACGCUGCUGAUCCAAGAACAGAGCGCCACGGACUUCAGCUCUGUUCUUACCAAGUUAUUUGCUGCCCAAGGUGCUGUACAUAACAGAGCCGAUGGUUCUAGUGCAUUUUCUAAGGGUAACACCCAUCUAGUGGCCCUUACAUUGAAUCAAUCAUUCGCUAAGGAACUUCCAGGGGUUUAUCAGGGCUCCAAAAAGGACGUUAAACGGUCCAAGGUUUCCAAUACCGAGUCAAAGAUUACGGUCCAAAACACGCUUGAAUCGGCAACUUCCUCCCAGAUAGCGCCCAGGGACUUGAAAAUCGCUUGGAGAUACGGAUUAAAUGACAAGUCCAAAAAUGUAGCUCCUUCGAACAGUGACAUUGAUCUAGAAAACUAUCCUAAUUAUGCACAUCAGUUUGAUAUUACGUCACGGUUAGUCCCGGCACCCACUUCUGCGGAACUGACGCUUAUAUCACCAACUCAGCCAUUGCCCGCUGUUUUGACCCAAUUGCAAAGUGUAUUCCAGAAGUAUCCAAAGAAAAUCAUUCGGAUUGUUCUCCCCAACUUGCUGCACCCUGUCAUGUAUCCACCGAGUUAUUCGCAACUUUCUGAAGUAAUAUCUUUACUGCACGGAAUUCGAUCCAUUGUCAAGCAGAAUGCUGAGCGUGCGGUACUUAUGAGUACAAUCUCAACAGACCUUUACUCUCAAACUGGGGGUCAGGUAAUCACUACUGUCGAAAAUCUGUUUGACUCGGUAAUUGACCUGGAGCCUUUUCCACAGGAAAUGUCGCAGUUUUUGAGCCGCGUCUACAAGUCACAGCCCAACAAAAUACAACACGGGCUGGUGCAUGUGCUGAAGCUACCUCUGCUAAGCGACAGAGGUGAAAUGCACGUUAUGAGAUCCGAGUACGCCUUCAAGAACGGUAAGAAGAAGUUUGAGAUCGAACCUUGGGGCAUUCCGAUCGAUGAUACUGAGGUUCAGGACUCCAAAAGUACACCAGAGACUUUAGCAGAGGAGCACAGUCACACUCGCGUAUCAUUGGACUUUUGA